AUGUUUGCAGAGCCGUCAAUGCCAGAGAGGCGACCCUCGCCAGGCCUGCAGCUCAACCUCUCCUCCAACAACCCCUUCCGCAGAGCUGCUUCACCCGCCUUCCCCUCGCCCGCCAGUGCCAACCGCUCGAGCUCGGGCAGCAGACCAAUGUCGCGCAAUCCCUUUAUAUCUACCUUCGAGGCCGAAUUUAACAAGGAGGCAUCCCGAGACCUCGUUGACAUGUCUGCCACCAUGAAGGACUCUCCCAAGAAAUCAACCUUUGGCUUUGCCGCCGAAGAGCUCUUUUUUGCUGACUACCCUGCUCUUACUCAGGCCAACCUCACCAUCGAUGACAGCGACAAGAAGCGAGCUCCCCCACCACGCCCGGCUCCUGCCCGGAGCGGCACAGAUCCCCGUGCAGGCCACCGCCCAUCUCGCUCCGAAGAGGAGAGGCGCGCUGAGCGCAUGCGUGAAGCUUCUCGCGGCGGCUCUCGACCACGCGGCCCUCCCAGUUCUUCGCGUCCUCCCCACCUGAGCAGUCCCGAACGCCGUGAGAACCGCCGUCCUCGACGCAACUCUGAAUCCUCCAUCAUCGACCGAGGCUCGUUGGAUCCGCGUGAGGAGCGCAGGCGCAGGGAGCGUCGCAGAGAGCGCGAAGAGCGUGCCAAAGAUGGUAAAGAUAAGAACGGAAAGCGUGUCCGCAGGCCACAGGGUCUUGAUCUCAUCGACAAACUCGAUGUGACUGGCAUCUACGGACCUAGCAUGAUCCACCACGAUGGACCAUACGAUGCUGUGCAGCCCCACCGGAACCGUAAGAAGGACCAGCGCGCACCUAUGCAUGCCUUCCCUGUCGGUUCGGCCAAUAAUACUCUAGGUGGCUCCGGACCGCUUAACACCAAGAUUGAUCUAGACAGGAUCCAUGGAAGAGGUGCUGAGGGCUUCACCGACUUUGCCGGUGCCGAAACCGAGUGGAAGAAGCCUGCUCCAGUGGCUGCAGAGUUCAGUGCAAAGGGCCGAGAAGACAUUGUGCACGGCGAGCAGACCCACGGUCUUGGAACAUCCACUUUUCUCGAGGGUGCCCCGGCAUCCCGUAAAGCGAUCCAGGAAGAGUCUGACGCUCAGCGACAGAAGCAGCUGGCUGAAGGUGGUUUGGGCCGCAAGAAAUCCAUUGCCCAGCGAUUCCGCGGCAUCUCUCAGCCCCGACGUUAUGGUGAUGGUCCCCGCAUCACCUCGCCCGAGGCACGUUACGGAUCUGCCACCAGUCCAAGUGGUCCUUACAGCGCCGGAGCCAUCUCGCAAACCAAAGCAACAGAGCAGAACCCAUUCUUCAGCGACGACUACGACAAGGCCUAUGAUGCCAAGGGUGCAGCUAUUAAGACCAACGAGGGCGGACCUUCGCCACCUCGAGGCGCUGCGCUGCAACGAUCCAUCACGACAGAUAGUGUAGGGUCUCCUACUGGUGAGGGCAAGCCCAGUGGUGGAUUCCUUAACCGGGUCAAGUCUCUGAAAGGUGGACGCCGACGCCCUGCUUGA